AUGAAAAAUUAUAAUUAUUCUCUUUUAGCUUAUUUUGUGAUUUUUAGUUUUUUCACAAAAUGUUUUAGUGAAGCAAGAGAGUUUAUUGUAGAUGGAAAAGAAAAUUCUUGGAAAAUUCCUUCUUCACCUGAUGAAUUUAAUAAGUGGGCUGAGAAAACUCGUUUUCGAAUUGGAGAUUAUAUUGUUUUGAAUUAUGAUCCAAAGUCAGACUCAGUAUUACAAGUAAAUGAAGAAGAUUACAACAAUUGCAACAAGGCCCAGCCCAUUAAAUCAUAUCAAGAUGGAGUAACCAAGAUUUUGCUUGACAAAUCAGGCCCAUUUUUCUUCAUAAGUGGAGCAAAUGGGCAUUGUGAAAAUGGCCAAAAACUUAAUGUGAGAGUCUUGUCACCUAAACAUAGUUCAUCAACUCGAGUGGAAUUUCUGGCUCCAGCUCCGGCUCCGGAGAGUGGAAGUAGUGGCAUGAAAGCUGGGAUCAUUGUAGGGUUUAUUGUUAUGUUGGCAAGUUUUACUGUUCUAGCAUAG